AUGGCGAACCGUACAGACCCGUCCGCAAAGAGCAUAAGGGGGACGAACCCGCAGAACCUGGUGGAGAAGAUCGUACGGUCGAAGAUAUACCAGAACACGUACUGGAAGGAGCAGUGCUUCGGGUUGACGGCCGAAACCCUAGUGGACAAAGCCAUGGAGCUCGACCACAUCGGUGGGACCUUCGGAGGGAACCGUAAGCCCACGCCUUUCAUGCCCCUCGUGAUGAAGAUGCUUCAGAUCCAGCCCGAGAAGGAGAUCGUUAUCGAGUUCAUAAAAAACGACGACUACAAGAGAAUUCGUGUUGAAGGGAAAGGAAGGGGAAUUUGUGGAGUUUUGUGGGUUUUGCUGAGAAACCCUUAUCCGAAAGGUGGAGGAAAUUUGGCUGACGGGAAUUAUACCUUGACGCAUGUGGAUGAGGUUAUUGAUGAACUUCUGACAAAAGAUUACUCAUGUGACAUUGCGAUGCCACGAAUUAAGAAAAGAUGGACUCUGGAAGCAACUGGUUCCUUGGAACUCAGGAAAAGUGCGUUGGAGGAGGACUUUGAGGAGGAGGGAGAGAAAGAGGAGAACGAUCAACUUGAUGGAGUGGAUGAUGAAGUCCAUGAUAAGGAUUAUUAUCGUGGCCGAAGCCCUGUAAGGGAAAGGGACAGGGGUAGAAGACGCGACAGUCACAGAUGA